AUUUUCCCCAGACUCUAUAGUCAGGAUGAGUCAUUCUCACAAGCUUGCAGAUCAGCUGUCAGUGUCAUGUCUUUUCUUCACUAACUAGGAACACUGGCACUGACAGGAUGGCACAGUCAGAGUGGACAAGUAUUUUCCAGAUGAAAACAAGAGAUCUUAAACAAGGAGACACCUGGCGUCUGGAGUUUGAUGAAAUUAUUGAACCUAACCGCCUAAACCCAGGCUGGGAGCAGUACAUUAGGAACACAUGUGCAAGGUUCAAAUGCACCAAGUGUGGAAGAGGCUGGCCUUCCAACCGGGUGAUGGUGGUCUUUCACAUGUGCCUGACAUCCGGACAUGGCGUUGUCAAAGUUAGGCCCUUCCGUCAGAAUUGCAAGCAGUGCAGCGGAGCGCCAAUGGAUAAGCCCAGCAUCACCUCAGAGAACAUCGACAUCCUCCUGGAGAAUCUGGUGGAGAAGAUAAGAAUCAAAUGCUACCAUGAAGACCUGGGAAAAGAAUACAGGCCUUUUGUUAGCCUGGAUGUCAAAAGUCCCCAUGAGCCUGCUCACUGUGAGGCCUGCAUGGCAGGCAUCUGUACGAGGAAUUGAGCUUGUGUGGUUUUUAAGCCAGCCCUGUUAAUAACUAAGAUUAAAAUAAUUACUUAGAAUAAUUAUAAUUUAUUAGCUCAUAUUACCAAAGCAUUAUACGACUUAUCCUCCUGUUGUUCUGUUUUAU